AUGACUAGGAAGACUAAAGCGACAGCAGCCCGGAAGGGCAAAUCAGUUGUGGAUGAGGCAGUUAGCCAAGCCCCUAGGUCUACCAGAGCUCAGACUUACGUUGGGGUACACAUUCAGUCCCAGAGUUCUCCUACUCCCCCAUCUUCGGAGGAGCUCAGAGGGGCACCUGAUCCAGCCCCAGCUCCAGCACCAGCACCGGGCACAGACCCUAAUGCUGAUCCUCAGGAGUUUAUAGAUGGCAUGCAGCGCACCUUAAUUGUGAUGAAGGCGUCAACUACAGAAUCUGUUGAGUUAGCUGCUUACAGAUUGCAGGGUAUAACAAUUAAUUGGUUUCAGUCAUGGAGAUUAUCGAGAGGUAGGGAUGCUCUUCCGCCGACUUGGCAGGAAUUCUCAGAUGCCUUUUUGCGUCAUUAUAUGCCACCCGAGUUGAGACGAGCAAGGGUCGAUAGUAUCCUUAAUUUGCGACAGGGCAACAUGUCUGUUAGAGAGUAUAGUGUGGAGUUUGAUUCUUUGGCUAGAUAUGCCCCUUCUAUAGUAUAG